UGCCAUACUAUUUCCCAUGUACAAUACACCUUUGCUGAAUUUCAAGGCUUUUAGCAAAUACAGUUCCUCCUCCUCCUUCAAUCUGUUCUUUCUUCUGCAUUCAUGGCUUUCAUUUCUCUCUUUCUCUUCCUGUUAAUGGUCCCUUAUGGCAAUGCCUACUGGCCACCUUCACCUGGUUACUACCCAAGCUCCAAAUUUAGGUCCAUAGGCUUUUAUCAAGGCUAUAGAAAUCUUUGGGGUCCUCAGCACCAGAGAUUAGAUCAGAACACAUUAACUAUCUGGCUUGAUAGUACCUCAGGAAGUGGGUUCAAGUCGAUUCACCCAUUUCGAUCUGGGUAUUUUGGUGCUGCUAUUAAGCUCCAAUCUGGUUAUACUGCAGGAGUGAUUACAUCUUUAUAUCUUUCCAACAGUGAAGCCUAUCCAGGGUACCAUGAUGAAAUAGACAUAGAGUUCCUUGGAACAACACCAGGAAAGCCUUACACAUUGCAGACUAAUGUGUACAUCAAAGGAAGUGGAGAUGGUAAUAUUAUUGGAAGAGAGGUGAAGUAUCAUCUAUGGUUUGAUCCAACAAGUGAUUUUCACAACUAUGGUGUUCUUUGGAGCCCCAAGGAGAUCAUAUUCUUUGUGGAUGAUGUGCCCAUAAGGAGGUAUCCAAGGAAAAGUGAUGCAACCUUCCCAUUAAGGCCAAUGUGGGUUUAUGGAUCCAUAUGGGACGCUUCAUCGUGGGCCACAGAAGAUGGAAGAUACAAAGCUAAUUAUAACUACCAACCCUUUGUCGGCAGAUACACUAGUUUCAAGCUCAGUGGUUGCUCAGCCUAUGCACCACCCUCCUGCCACCCAGUCUCAGCCUCUCCUUAUCGCUCCGGUGGUCUGUCUCGUCAACAGUACUAUGCCAUGCAAUGGGUCCGGAGGAGUUAUUUGGUCUAUGACUACUGCAAAGACUAUAAGAGAGACCAUUCCCUCACACCUGAGUGUUUCUGAUUUUUUUCUGGAUUAUCUUUCAAGAUUAGAAUUUAGGAGAAAGUUUUUCUUCAUCAAAUCAUCUUCGGGUUCGGGUUCAUAAUAUCUUCCCGUAUUCAUCCAAAGCCCUGGCGAUAAAUGAAUUUUUAUUCACCAUGAGUGUAGGAAAACUUGCUCCUAAAACUUAAAACUUAAAAAAAAAAAAAAAAAAGGAAUGUCAUGAGAUGGGAGCCAUUUGCCAAAGACUGAAGCAAGAGCAACUCUACAUCCAAGCCUCCAAGAUUUUAAUUAAAGAUUGCAUUAUUGGUUUUGCCUUUUUUGGUAUAGUGUGGUGGUUGGUAUUUCUUUUUAAUGUUUUCAUAUAAAAGAGAGACCCAUUUAUUUAAGAUGUUGUUUCUUCCUCCAUAAUUGGCCAUUUCCAUUUUAUUUUUUAUA